CUGGGGGGGACCUCUGCCAUCCGCCUCGCCCGAAGCCCCUAGCGGAGCAGGGUCCCCGCGCAGCGCUGCGGUGUGCGUUCGUGGGUUGCGAGCACGCAGGUGUCCCGCUGGUGUGGCACCAGGACUGGCAGGAGGGAACGGACCCACUGACGGCAGCUGGCAGCCGCCGGCCCCGAGCCGGGCAGCGCCGCGGGGCGGCCCUGGCUCCGCCGGCGCCAUCUUGGGGGCGGGCCCGGCAUGAGCUGCGGCGGCUGGCGGCGGGCGGCGAGCGGCGGAUGGCGGCUGGCGGCGGCGCCCGGUGCCGCCAGCCGCAGGCUCUGCGCCGGAGAGGCUCCAGGCCUUUCGUACCGGGAGCUCAAAGCCUUGAAGAAGGCCGAGGUCCUGCACAUAGACGUCCGGGAGAGGUGGGAGAUCGACCGGUACGGAGGAAUCCCGGCGGCCGUCAACAUCCCGCUGGGUGAAUUAGUGGAAGCUCUGCAGAUGGACCCAAUGGACUUCAAGGAGCAGUACAAACAAAAGAUGCCAUCCAAGUCAGACCCUGUAGUGUUCUCCUGUUUGGCAGGAACAAGAAGCAAACAAGCCCUUGCUGUGGCCACAUCCUUGGGGUUCAGCAGAGUUCAGCAGUAUGCUGGUGGCUUUGAAGACUGGGUCAAACAUGAACCUCCAGAGAAAAAAUGAAGAGUGCUCCAAGCUUUGCCCCAUGUGGGCUUCACCAUCCAAAUUACCUGCAUUCCACUUGCAGAAUACAGCCCACUCUUGCCUUCUUGUGUAAGUGGACACUUCACUGCUUGGUAUAGAAUACAGCAAAGACACACAGGAGGGGACAGCUGAUCCACCUCUGCUUUCACCAGAAAACACAGCCUAAAGCAUGUGGUAAGAACCUAAGCCCUGGCUAUGUGUACUAAGAUGUUUGUGGCUUCUGAGUGCUGAAGCCUGUGAUGACAGGGCAGAUAAAAUGACCCUUUCCAAAACAA